CUUUGCGUCUCUCCCGUCCUGUAGAAGCAAGCUCCCUCUCUGAGUAGUGCCGUCAUCAGGAGCCAAGACAGGUCUCAGCUCCGGUUCGGGUUGUCAGCUACGCCUCCUUCUUCGCUGUAACUUGCUUCGAGUCCAACUCUUCACAAGGAGGAGCCAAGCUACUGGGACAACUUCCUGAGGAAGACGGUGCGAACUCUGGUGUAAGAAGCGACUACUGACGUCAUAAUGGCUGCAGCGACGGCGGCCGAAGCAGCGGCAGCAGCUGCAAGGGCCAAGAAAUUGAACCUGGAAAAGGCCACGAACUUCAUGAGGCAGUAUCGCGACCCUCAGAGCCGGGAACUCAAGAAAUUGUCUGCCAACCAGUUUAUGGAGGUCUGGAGCCACUACGACAAGGAUGGCAACGGCUACAUCGAAGGCACGGAAUUAGAUGGUUUCCUCAGGGAGUUCGUGUCGAGUGCCAACGCUACCGACGUCAGUCCAGAGGCUGUUUCUGACGCCAUGUUGGUGGAACUGAAGCAAUGUUUCAUGGAAGCAUAUGAUGACAACCAGGACGGGAAGAUUGAUAUCAGAGAGUUGGCACAACUUCUACCAAUGGAAGAAAAUUUUCUACUUUUGUUCCGGUUUGAUAAUCCUUUGGAAUCGAGUGUUGAAUUUAUGAAGAUCUGGAGGGAGUACGAUACAGACGGCAGUGGUUACAUAGAGGCGGACGAGCUCAAAAAUUUUCUGAGGGAUUUGCUGAAGGAAGCAAAGAAGAUCAACGAUGUGUCUGAAGACAAACUCAUAGAGUACACGGAUACUAUGCUCCAAGUAUUUGACUCCAACAAGGACGGGCGGCUUCAGUUGUCAGAAAUGGCCAAAUUGCUGCCUGUGAAGGAGAAUUUCCUAUGCCGGCAAGUCUUCAAGGAAGGAAUAGAAGGUGCUACAAAGCUGACAAAGGAUGACAUCGAGAGGGUGUUCUCCCUUUAUGAUAGGGACAACAAUGGCACAAUAGAAAAUGAGGAACUCCGAGGAUUCUUGAAGGACUUGCUGGAACUGGUUAAGAAGGAUUAUGAUGCUCAGGAUCUCCAGGAUUUUGAGGAAACAAUCUUACGUGGUGUGGACUACAACCAGGAUGGGAAGAUCAACAGGAAAGAGCUGACAAUGAUACUUCUGGCACUAGCUAAGCACAACCAAGAAGAGGAUACAAGCGCAUAGAGGCAUCUCCUACAGUAACCACUGAUUCCCAACAGCAGUAUCCCAAAUCAUUAUUGUUUUAUACAUAUACAUGUGGUGGACUUGCAUUAAUGGCGGUCAUUUUGCUUCCAGGAACCUGAUCAACUAUAACAAAUAAAUCAAUUUUCUGUUAAAACCCUAUGUUUUAUACUUAACUGGAUUACUUUUGAUGUAAUGGUCAGUGUGGAUAGUUCAUGAGAGUUCUAGCUUGGAAAGGAAAAGAAAAAUUACUUAUGUCAUUUCGUUGUAUGUAACCAAAAUAAUGAUGAAAAUUACCUUUGUGACUGCAGAAGCAAAGACUUCACUCCUUAAAACUCAACAUAUCAUUGCUACUGUUUUCUUGAUUUUCAAAGGGAGAGAAAAUUUCAGUUCAUUUAUUACACAGUAUUCUACUUCCUAUAAGUUUUCAUACUGAAAGGGAAAGCUCAUCAUUGCAAUAAAUAAAUAAAUAAAUAAAUAAAAAACACCAGGUAGGGUUAAUACACUAUAAAUAAAGGCCCACAACAACAAAUAAUUCUGGUUGACCUCAUACUGCUAUAUACAUCUUCAUGGCAAAUUUAUUUUCUGUUGCUUCAUAAUAUUAGGAUUCAAAAGGCAAUAUCACCAUUGGCAUGUGGCUGAAUGUAAGUCAUAUAGAAAGAAACUAUUUCAUGAAUUUAAUUGUAUUUGCAUAAAGUGAUUAACAGUAUGUGUGUUCCAAGUCACUCUACUGAAUUAUGUUUGUUGUAUCAAGUUUAGUAUAAUACACCCCUCAUUCUCAAAUGUUAGGUUUAACAUGUGAGUCAAAGAGACAUAUCUCUCAGUGAUCAAAUGUUUUAUGUAAUGUUUGAAGUUACAAACUAUAAGAAAGACAAAUAUUUGGACAAAGAAAUUAUUUCUUCUAACAUCAACUGAGGACAAAUUAGGUCAUAAGUAGCUAAUAUUAUAAAUUGUUUGAACAUAAGAUUAUUGUGGUUCUUGGGUUCUUUUACAAGUAUCAGCUGCUCAGGUUACAUAUUGUUGAAUUAAAAGAAAUAAACAGUUUUUAAGGCAGUACUUCUUAACCAGUGGGGGGGGGGGCAUUCCGCUGAUGGCCCUGGACAUUGGCUGGGUGGGGUAUGAGGUCUCAAAAAUUACAAGUUCUGUUAAUGAUUAAUAUGAUAUUUAAAUUUGCAUAAUUGUAAGAAUAUGCUUCUCGACAAAAGAGAGGCUUUUCUUACUAUGAUUGGACUGCCCCCCCUCCCCAGCAUGAUCAGUAUGAUGCAGCAUAUAAUAGGUUAAAAAUUACUCAUGUAAGAUAACUUAAAAAGACUGAAGAAGAAUGCAGCUGUGGUAUGUUGAAGAUACUAAGGUAGAAUUAAUCUAGAAAGGCUUAAUAAAAGUACUAGGAAACCUAAGAAUAGUUGGUAUUCUUGCUGAGAUUCGACCCAGAUAUCUCCUGAGCACAGGUUAGGCCAUUGCAUUGAUCUUCUCUGUACGGUGAUGAGCGUAAUUUUCAUUGCAUUAUUGCAUAGUGCAUUGAGACGUUAAGUGUGACACUUUUGUCAAUUCAAUUUUUACACAAAUAAGAGUGAAAUAAGUACAUCUUAAUGAAUGUCUCGAUUAUGUAAAUUAGUUUGAGGCAGUUUCCUCCAAACUUCUGGGAACCAUUUAUGAAACUACGUGAUGUUAUAAUCCCGAAGUGCAUAAUCUAAGACUCUGCUGCCUUGAAAUUCAUAAACCUGAACCAGGAGAGAGAGAAUAUUAAAUGCUAUCAAAUCCUGCAGGAAAAGAGAAUGACAGCCUGUGAGUGGGAAAGGAAGAAUUAUUAGGGUCAAAAUUAAUUCACAGAAACACAUUAUCAAAAUUUUGUGAAUGUUAUGAGCCUGUAAAUUAAAUACUCUGAUAGAGGUGGAGUAGAUCAUUAUCCUUCAGGAUGAUGUUGAUAAACUGGGAAUUAGAAUGGUUGCUGUAACAAAGAGACUUGGAACACAACUUAAAAUUUUCUAAUACUUCCACUCUCCCAGUUGCUGUCCAAUAUGAAACAAAAAUAUAUCAGAUAUUACUGUAGAUUAUAUUUUAAUCUUGACAUAAUCAACUUAGUAGUACAAGAAAUAUGAUUAAUUUUAAUAAUGAAUUUCUAAUUGAACACUUUUAUAAGUUUAUGAACAUGCUGAUUCUUAAUAUGAAGGGCAUACUUACUAUUAUUUGUAUGUUUAGUUCUUAGGCCUAUAUGUACACAUGUUGAGCAGUGAAGGAAUGACUUCCACAGGCUUCUACCAGGCAGCUCUAUCUCACCACUGAAAUGAGUUUCUUGCAGAAUAACCACAGUGUCCUGCUACUUCUGUCUUUUUCUUCUACAAUAUGAAUAACAAAUGGCAAAAGAGUGCUUUAAUAUAGUCCAUCACUUCCACCCUCAUUCUUUCAAAUUCAUUCCUCUUCAUCAUCCAGCCAUUUCUCAUUGUAUGCUGUUUAAAAUAUGCAGGUGACAGAUUUAUUGAAAAAACAAUACAAAUAUAAUAUAUAAUGCUGCAGUGAAAUUUCAGAAUAAGGGAUUUCAACAGAACACACAAUUACUGGAGAGAAAUUAUAAGUUUAACUCUGUUGAAUAUAUUGACAUGAUAACUCUCAUCUGUAUUACUGUAAUUGGCAACUGUUGGAUGGUAAAAAUUUACAUUCUACGUAGUUACAUGACGGUGUUAUAUCUGCAAAAUAACUAACAAUUAUUAUUAGAAAUCCACAUUCUGAUUUGUUUCCUACCUGUCCUUCUAUUUUCUCAAAGAAAUAUCCAAGAUAAUUGUUCUAAAGUCUUUUGUUUUCAUGUUUUCUCUCAGAAAUCUUGCUUCUGAUUGUUUCAGUCUAUCCUAUGUUUAUUCUCCAUUGAAUAUUAAGGGUAUGCAUCCUGUCAUGUGUCAUAUAUAUGAUAUAUAAUGUAUAUAAUGGAGGCAGUCUACACAACAACAUACCUGAAAAACCAAAUAGACACUA